AUGUUUACUGCAUCUGAAUUUACUGAGAGACGAAACAAGCUAUUAGACUUGAUCCCAGAGAAAGUUGCAACAAUUAUUGUUUCUGGUAGAGAGCCUUUGUAUAAAUCUCCAGGAAUUCCAUUUGAAUACUUCCAAUUCUCCGAUAUGAUAUACUUAACAGGUUACGAAAAUGUUUCAGGAACAUUAUUAAUGACGAAAGAUGGAAAUAAAUAUAAAUCUACACUUUUUUUGCCGACCAAGGAUAAAUUCUUCGAUCCAAAUGUUUUUGGAAAGAUAUCAUUCGAUGAAACACUCAAAACCAGUGGUGUUGACGAAGUUUUACCAAUGAAAUCAAUAGGUUCACAUAUUGUGGAUGCAAUCGGUAAAUCUAGACAAGUUUACUGCUCAUUCCCACCACACCAGUCUGGUCUACCACCAUUUAAGCCAUUAGCUCCUAUGAUUGACCAAUUAAGAAUCGUAAAAUCACCAAAAGAAAUCGAAUUAAUCAAAAAAGCGUGCGACAUAUCUACUAAAGCUCUUUCUAAGACACUUGAGAAUGUCAAGCCGGGCGUGAAUGAAUCAGAAUUAGAAUAUAAAUUUUAUUCUGAAAUUUCUAAAGGUGGAUCUAAUAAACUUGCAUAUCCAACUGUCGUAGCAUCUGGUCCUAACGCUUUAUGCUUGCAUUACCUCGAUAAUACACGUGUUGUUCAAGAUGGAGAAACAAUUAUGAUGGAUGCGGGCUGUUCAUACAUGAAUUACUGUUCAGACUUUACACGCUCAAUAUCUGUUGGUAAAGUUCCCGAAGUUAAACGAGCCGUUCUUGAAAUGGUAGAUUAUGUCAAAAAUGCGAUCGUUAAAUACGCAAAAGCAAAGCAAUUCCAGAAUCUAGGACAACUGCAUUAUACAAGCGAGCAAUUACUUCUUCGUGGAAUGAAAGAAUUAGGAUUUCCAUAUAAUCCUUAUAAAAUUCGCCAGAUUUAUCCUCACGCAUGCUCUCACUGGAUUGGUAUUGAUGUCCAUGACUGCGAUUCCAUUGGAUUUAACUAUCAACUCAGACCAGGAAACGUUUUUUCUGUUGAACCAGGUUUAAUUUUCGAUCCACAAUAUCCAGAAACGCCAAAAGAACUUGUAGGACUCGGAUGCCGUUUCGAGGAUACAGUUAUUAUUGAAUAA